GUCCGCCUGACUCUACGGUUCAGCGCGGAUCCGCACUUUUUCGCUUCUAUUGUUCUUCUCGUGCUUACGAGCGGAUUCCGUGGAUUCUUCGAGGGAAAGAACUAAAGAAGGGCAGCCAUGGACUCCGCCGUCGGCGAGGAGCUUGGCGUGGGCUGCUUCUUUUCGUUCCGGACAACACUCGGCGAGGAAUUCGAGGGCCAGAUCAUAACCUAUGACCGCCCUACGAACAUCGUCCUCAUUCAAGAGGGUGCUUGGAAGCCGGGCGGUCGCCGGAAUGUUCGUUUUCUGAAGACGACCUAUAUCAAGGAUCUCACUUUCCUGCGACGCGGUGAUGACCCUCUUGACAACAAAAAAUGCUUCCUCGAUCUGGCCGGAUUGCAGGCAAGGGAGGAAGCUGCUCUAAGGCAAGCUGAAAUAGAAGCGGAGCGAAUUGGUGUUGGCGUCACUGGCGAAGCCCAGAACAUUUUUGAUGCAUUAUCUAAGACGCUUCCAGUUCGUUGGGAUAAGACUGCCAUAGUUGUGAUGGACGAAGUCCGAGUGAACAAUCCAUAUUUCCCUGAAAAUGUUAACGGAGGAACACCAGCUGCGAAUGAGCGAGUCAAGAAAGUGCUGGAGCUUGAAAGGAGAAGAUUACAAGUUCGCUCUUCGGCUUAGAUGUUUAGACCGACUUACUAGCUCAUGGUAAAAGUGGUAGGCUUGCAUAAAUUCUGGUUGUAUUUUAUCUUAAAUUUGUACGUUUUAAUUGUCAAUAUCCUCUAGUAUGUUAUUCUAAGGAUUUCUUCAGCAUUUACAAAAGAUUUAUCGGAAGUAAAGAAUCUGUUUUUUUUUUUCUAGAUUAUUCUACGAUGGAAUAAGGAAAAGUAUAGUAAAUGACUUUUAGGGAAA